GAAUUGGAGAGAGGAAGGACAGGUGCCUGGGCUUUCUCUUCUACCCUUUUCUCCGCCUGGGGAAAAACCAGGCCAGCUGAUUUUCCAAAUUCUUCACUGUCAACAAACUCCAGGCUGCUUCCCGAAAGUCAGCAGCAGGCUCUGCCUCCUUUUGGCAGGGGUUUUUGUUUGUUUUUCUGCUAAUCAAUAACAAAAAGGAAAGGACAAAAAGCUUCCCAUUUGGGUGCUACGGUUUUGGUGUCGCCGUCGACAGCAGCACCAUGAAAACCUUACUGCCUCUUAUAGCGGCACUGUGCAUCUUAGGAGCAAACAGUUUUGUCUCACCAGGGAGGAAAAGGUAAGUGGACUUUAAAAUGAAUACAUAAAUAAAAUAAGCCUGUGUCGCAUUUCCCGCAGCAAAUGUAGAAUUUGCUCUGAUUUCUCUUUGGAGCCUGAGAAUAGCGAAUCUGAAUGGUUUCCAAUUUCAGCAUCAAGGUAGUAUAUGAGACCGCAGUUCUGCGUAUGCUUAGAUUGUAAUCAGCACCAAUGAAUUUAGUGGGAGUGGCUUCCAGUUCAAACAUGAAAGGAAGAUCCACUGUAAGGUUUCCCAGGAAGGAACAUGGCUCUUGGGAUGGAAAAAAUGAGAUUUUGGACUGCCCAGUCUAGUUUUGAAGAUAGAAGCAUCAUAAGAAAGGAGAGCAAGGACCUUAAAGUUCUCCAUCAGCAGUGAGGACGUGGAGAGCAGACUGAGAAGGUGCCAAGUCAAGUCACCUCAUGGUCACAGGCUUCCCCACUAUAGCAAGAUGGGCUGUAAAUAUUUCUGCCUUUGCCUCUGUGUCCAUAAAAAUCAGCAUAUGCAAAUAUAUGUCGCUUUUAUCUUCUCUUUUGGUGAUGUCUUUUCCCAGUAUGGGGCCUAUUUCCCCCCUUCCCCAAUAACACUGAUUUUUAGUUUACUGCAUAGUACUGCAUAAAAGCAUCUUGUUGUUCUAUACUAAGAGAGCGAAGAGAAGUGGACGUCAGGCCCAUCGAUUGCUUGCUGAGCCGCUGGAGCGAAUGGGGACCGUGCAAUGCUUGUGCGAAGGAAAGAGUAAGUCAUGGGUUUGUGACUGAUAGUUAGCCCAGGAGGCUUUUGUUUGAAACAACAACAAUGUGUUUUAGGGAUAAGAAUGCAAGAUUAGCCUGAGGAUCAGGGGCCCAUCCAGUCCAGCAUCCUAUUCUCACAGUGGCCACUCAGAUGCCUGCAGGAAACCCUCAAGCAGCACCCCAGCACAAGAGCAAUUUCCUCCUGCAAUUCCCAGCCCUCGGAUUCAGUAUCAAUGGCAACUAGUUUUUGCCAUUGAUAGCCUUAUCCUCCAUGAAUUUGAAUUUGUUCGGACCUCUGGCAAUGGCACACCUUGUGGAGCUCCAGUUUUUAUUGUGGUCUAUCAUAACUGGUGAUGGCUCUGCUUAGUUCAACCCAGAAGCGACUCAGUAACUUCAAACUCCUGACAGUAAAGUAAAUGUUCAUGACUUUGGGGGGGGGGGCAGGGGGUAGCUUGUUUAGUUUUCUGACUUUGUAGAGCCACUGGAUAACAAUGAACUUAGUGGCGCCAUCUGUGAUCUGAAUUGGAACAACAGUAAGGUACAAAUUAUUAGGGCUGUUGAUAUUUUUAUCUCAGCACAGGGGUUAGACUCUGUGAUGCAUGCGCCUUUUCCAAACCCGAUGUUCCAGUCCUAUCCUCAAAUUAUCCGGCAAUGUAGUCAGCGUAUAUUUGGUGGAUUGUAGAACAAAGAGUGCCACCUACUGGUGCACUGCACUAUACUUUUAGAAGGUUUCUGUGUACAAUGGUCUGUAUGUUCCUACAGCCCUACUGUUAGGCGAGGUGAGGCAGCCACCUCAGGCAGCAAAUACUGGGUGACAGGUAGUGGUAGGGAAGUUUGCCUUGUGCUCCUUGAGCUGGUCUACUGCCGUCAAGUAUGCCAAAGGACACUGUCCCUUUGCCACUGUUGAAGUAAAAUUCAACUCCUAGUCCAGUAAUAAUAAUAAUAAUUUAUAUUUUAUUUUAUUUUAUUUUUUAUUACCCUACCCAUCUGGCUGGGUGGCUCUCAACAGAAUAUUAAAAACACAAUAAAACAUCAAACAUUAAAAGCUUCCCUGAACAGGGCUGCCUUCAGAUAUCUUCUAAAAGUCAGGUAGUUGUUUAUUUCCUUGACAUAUGAUGGGAGGGUGUUCCACAGGGCACGCACCACCACCAAGAAGGCCCUCUGCCUGGUUCCCUGUAACCUCACUUCUCACAGUGAGGGAACUGCCAGAAGGCCCUCAGAGCUGGACCUCAGUGUACAGGCUGAACAGUGGGGGUGGAUACGCUCCUUCAGGUAUACUGAGCCGCGGUCGUUUAGGGCUGUAAAGUUCAGCACCAACACUUUGAAUUGUGCUCGGAAAUGUAGUGGCCUUCUGAAUGUGGAAUAUGGGGGCAAGGUUCCAUCUUGUCCUUUGCUUUAAGCAGCAAAAUGUCUUCAGGCAUUAGCAUUGUAGAAAAAGUAGUCAUUGGUAUUUUCUAACCAGGCAUGCCUUUUGAUCAAAGCACCAAAGAAUGGAGACUCCAUUGUGGAGAUGCGAUGAGUAGGCCUCCUUUUAAUUUUGUGCAUAAUCCGCCCCCCAACCUCCCGCUUAGUUUCCGUCAAAGUUAUUUGGCGUGUGCAAAGAAUGUACUGGUACAUCAUUUCAUGGCUGCUGAGCCACACCAGUCCUUUUGAGCACCUGUAAUUCUUCUUCCUUUCUUUUCUAAAGUAUCGCUCGAGGAGUGUUGUGAGAUUCGGUCAAUAUGGAGGGAAGCCAUGUAUUGAAGCUCUGGGAGACAGACAGUCCUGCCAGCCAGACACCCCCUGCCCUGAAGAGCUACCAGAUUGUGGCAAUGACUUCAUGUGUGAAAAUGGUAUGCAGUUCUUUUGCAUUAUUCUUUGAAACUGAUUCCCACGGUGGAUUAUACUGGAGAUCAUUAGUUGCCCAUCACAAAGCACCAUCUUGUCAUGAUUUAGCAGCUCUCUGAAAUACUCUUACGGAAGUCCCUUCUCAUACGCAUUCACCUGGUGCGUAUUUCACCUGGAAAUGUUGAGCUCGUUUUCCUGACUGUAAUGCCAGCGCUUCUGUUCUGUUUUCUAACAUUCCUCUCACCCCUAGUGUGUUGUGUAAUUGUGGCUUUUUGGCCAAUGUUGCCCUAAUUUUCAUUCGCACCAGAGACAUGGUGCCACACAACAGUCUAUGUUUUUACUGAUUUUUCAAAUUUUAGCAAAUCCACCCCAAAUGAUCCCCACCCCCAUGCAAACAGCAGGAAAGAAUUGUAUGUUGGUAUACUACACCAAAUGUUGUCACUUCACUCCCAGAAACAGGUUGGGUUUUUUUCCUGGAAUCAAGUAACAUGAAAAUUAGCUCAUAGUUUCCUGAAUUGGUAUUGUACAUUUUUGCUGGUUUGGUUGUCACUCCUAAUCAAGAUAUUGUCUUUUAUCAUCAUCAUCAUCUAUACCACCCCUCAUCCUCAAAGGACAAUUAUACGUAUGUGUGUGUGGUUGUAUUUGUUUAAUGUCUACAUUUUCACAGUGACAAUUUUUUAAACAUCGAAAGGGUAAAACAGGUUUUCAUUUCCUUUAUGGUCAAAAAAUCCACCAGUGGCACUGGGGGAAACCCAACUCGGUUUGAUUCAAGCCAAAAGACUGAGAGCAAUAAGAACUGUUUAACAGCUAGAGAUAUGGUUCCUCAUUCUACACUUAGGACACUGUAUAAAGAAAAGAUUGGUGUGUAAUACAGAAGACGAUUGUGGAGACUUUUCCGAUGAAGACAAUUGCGAAGGUGAUCCUCGUGCACCCUGUCGUGACCGUAUAAUUGAUGUAUCAGAGGUUGGAAGAACAGCUGGCCGUGGGUAAGUUCUGGGAAGUUCUUGGGAGAAUUAUGGGAGAUGUAGCAAAUCUAUUGGCAGGGCCGAACCUACUGUUAGGCAGUUUGAGAUGCCUACCUCUGGUGGCGGAUGCUGUUAGUUUAUGAGGAGCAGUGGCAGAAGGUCCCUUGCCUUUUCCUCAUGAGUCCCGUGGUCGUUCUGCUCUGUUAGAGGGCAAGUCUCUGUGUGCCAUGUGAUGUGCCCAGCAUUCCAUAGCUAGCUUGCCCUCCAUUGUGGUAAGGAUGAAUUACAGCUGUACCUCAGAAGUUGAACGGAAUCUGCUCCGGAAGUCCGUUCGACUUCCAAAACGUUUGGAAACCAAGGCGCAGCUUCCGAUUGGCUGCGGGAAGCUCCUGAAGCCAAUCAGAAGCCACGUCGGGCGUUUGGGUUCCAAAGGACAUUCACAAACCGGAACAGUUGCUUCUGGGUUCGCGGCGUUUGGGAGCCAAAACGUUCAAGUUGCAAGGCGUUCAUCAACCAAGGUGCAACUGUAUAUUUGAAUGGUAUAGCAGGUUUUAAGUGACCAAGAUCCUGGAAGACGCUAGUUUGUUGUGCGAUUUUGUUGCAGUGUCAACAUUCUGGGCAUGGAACCGAAAGAAAGCCCAUUUUACAAUGAGUUUUACAACGGAGUCUGCGACAGAGUCCGCGAUGGGAAUACUGGAAUAUACUAUCGCAAGCCAUGGAAUGUUGCUGUGCUCAAUUAUGACGUAAGCCCCUUUGUGCAAAGUGGAGAGUGUGCAUUUGACUCCAUGUUCGCCUAGCUUUAUCCAAAAUGCAUACGCCUCCUGUACGUUGUUGUAAAAUGCUACAAUCUGAUGCUUCGCACUGACUGGAGUCCUGAAGCCAUUGCUAACUUGUCUCCAGCCAAGGUUUUUAUUUUAAAAAACGUUGUUGUUGUUUACCAAUAAUAUUGCUGCUUUUUUGUUUUGGUAAACUGCUUUGAGGUUUUCCACAAUCAAGCGAUAUGUACAUUUUAUGAAAUGAAAUUUAAACAAAGGGGUGGGCACCUUUGCAUAAGGUAAAGACAUCCCUGCCCCGUCAACCACCCUCCUGGUGCAUACACAAACAGAAAUGAAUCUGACACUAAUGAAGUUGUGCUGAUGUGAACAGCUGGGGGAAAGAGCUGUGCAACACACCCGGGGGCGGGAACAAAUUUGCUGAGCUCUAAGGCUGUGAUAACCACACUAUUGCACACACAACUCUGCAAUGGUAUCAAAACAGUUUACAAAUUCCGAAGGGUCACUUUCGCAUGAAAUGAGACCUCCAAAACAUCAUUAAUUCUUUUGUGUUUUGAGUUGAUACCCUAAUCUCCAAUCACUGCCACACUAAUAAUGAUAAUAAUAAAUUUUUAUUUAUACCGCGCCCUUCCUGGUUCAGGAAACCGGGCUCAGGGCGGCUAACAACAAAUUUAAAACACUUAAUUGAUGCUACAAAAAACCAGCAUGAAAUACGUAUAAAGCGUAAAUAACAAUAAAAUCAAAAAUCAAUUUUUGGGGGAAAUCCAUCCAAUAAACAUUAGAUGAUCACCAGGGCUAGCUGGCUAAAUUAGUCCCACUUGGGCCAGCGUGGAGACCAGGGGAGAACCAGCUGUGGGAUCCCAGAACUGGCAAUCUUCACAAAAAGGGGAGGGGAAGGGAAGGAAGGGGAACAAAAGAUCUGGAUGCUAAAGCUCUGGAUAGGUGUAUUGUUUUGUGUGAGGCUUCUCCAUCACAGAAAAGCAGCAUAAAAGGUUUAAAAACAAAUCAAGAAGUUCUAGACAAUGGGUGUUUCGCUCUCGUCUUCUUUUGGUCCAAUGAGCUAGACAUCAGUCAUUGCUAUGACUAAAAGGUAAAGUACUGAAGGUGGCUAGUUUCUCACAAAACAAUUGAGAAUAGCAUCUGCACAUUUUGUAGUAUAUCUCAGGUAUUACAGAUGCUGGAAUCUAGGGGGUUAUGGCUGAUCUGAGGGCAACCAACCUAUUAUUCCCACCACUGGGGGGAUUCUACAGAUAUAUUUUAGUUUUAAAUAUUUUGUUCAAACUCAUACAGACUGAAAACUCUUGUUUUUAACUUGUCAGUGGCAGGAAUUGAUUAUUUGUUUGCUUAUCAGUUCUCUCCCACGCUGCCCCAUCUUUUCCCCCUGUUUUGUUUUGGAUCUUCUAUGUUUUUGUUUUUACUUUGGGAAUGUGCUGGCCUUUGCUUAUAUUUGCUUUUACAGCCGGAUAAAUGGGUCAUUACAACAAGUGUCCAAUUGUUAGGGUUUAAGCCUCGUUUUAAAUGUAUUUGGCUUUCCAGUGUGUUUUUAACUAUUCUAUGUGCAAACUGCCUUGAGAGAGUGGUUUAGAGAGCUAUUAAUAAAUUAAGAAGAAUAACAAAUAAGCAAUAAAGUUGGUGUGAAAUAAUAGAUGGAUAGAUAAAUGAUAGAGCUAGAUAGAUGAUAGAUAGAUGAUAGAUAGAUAGAUAGAUAGAUAGAUAGAUAGAUAGAUAGAUAGAUAGAUAGAUUGAUAGAUAGAUAGAUGAUAGAACUUUCAGAGGAAAUGUGGGGACAAAAUGAAUGAAUGAAUGAAUGAAUGCACUUUAUUUUAAUUAAUGCGCUUUUCUAGCUGUCCUGAAUCUGCUGCCGUACAUUUUCAAUUAUUGGCUCUAAGUUUCUAAUGUUAUAACAGAGAGUGAAAACCAUUCCUUCCAUUAGGCUGCAUAUAUUCCAGGCAGAUUGCCUACUAAAUUGCCUGCUAUAUCAUUUUUUCUCUUUCUAAGACAAAAGGAGACAAAAGAUUUAGAAAUGAAGUCUACGAGGACCAGGUGUCAGCAGUAAAGGAAAUGUUCAGCGAAAGGCAUAGGUCUGCUCAGUCUAGCUUUUCUCUCAAAUUGACACCUACAGAAGUAGGAAAUGGCACAUCCAUCGGCUUGAGUUUGAGCACGAAUCCAUCCUCCAAUGAAACUCUACAUAAAUUCUUAAAGGAUUCUAAAGGAAAGGUAAGCAAUCCUAAACAAACAAACCCAAAAUGGGGAGCCCUUCUGUGUUAUUUGGGGGACUUGAUAUUAGCAUGCUGUUAGGAGUGUUUUAUUUAUUUAUUUAUUUAGCAAAACUUGUACAGUGGUACCUCAGUUUUCGAAUGUAAUCCAUUCCGGAAGACCGUUCGAGUUCUGAAAUGUUCGAAAACCGAAAACUCAAUAACCGACAGCUAGGCCUCAGGAUUUUUCAGUCAGCAGAAGCUGUGUGGCAUGUUCGACUUCCGAGGCGUGUUCGAAAACCGAAUCAUUUACUUCCGGGUUUAUGGCGUUUGAAAACCGAAAUGUUCGUCAACUGAGAUGUUCGAAAACUGAGGUACCACUGUAUACAGCUUAAGAUACGUUUGUGUGUGUUUUCCUUAACAGUAUAAAAUAUUUAUUUAAAAAGCAAUAAAAACAGGCUUUCUUUAAAAAGGAGACACAAUGAAACAAUCAAAAUAUAGAUGAAAUCAACAGGGUGUUUUUUGAAGGGAUACAUGUGAAACUGACCACAGGUCUAUCCCUGGCUUAAAGAGUCCCAGGAAACAGAGCAGGGUAGAAUAUAGUACCUGCAGUUUGCCAUUAAAACGUUACCGGUGGCCUUGCCCCUUGUCCUACUUUUUAAUACAGAUUUUAUAUUGAUAAAACUUUUAUAUAAUCUUCAUAUUCUUUUUUAAAAAAACAAAAAAAGUUUGUUUUAGGGUAUUGUGUGACCUAUUUACUUUACUAUCUCAUUGCUCCCCAUCAGACAGAGUAGGUUUCAUAGGAGACAACUCCUUGGAGCUGAGGUCCCUCCAAGCUCCUCCAUUAAAAUAUUUGAGGGGACUGGGCAUCCCCAAAGUUGAUGGGCACUGCCAUUUAAAUGCACUGCAUCUUGUGAUCAAUUAUGUGCACAGGGCUUACCUGGGCUCUCCAAAUAUUUUAUUCAAGUUAGUAACUCAGUAGGUUCCAAGUCCCUUCAACCUAUGGUGUGGAUGCUAAUCUCCCCUAAUAGUUUGAGGGGCCCAAAAAUGUUUCAAGGGGAGGAGCUGUUCCCACAUUCAUUUUUGUUUCAUCCUCCUUGGAUAUGUAUGCAAAUUUUUUUGAGUCAGUCCACGUGGUUCCUAAUCCCCUAGUUGAGGGGGUCCAUUGAAACUAAGUUUUGUUUUGGGGAUUGUAAGACUGUCCCUUCCACCCUGAUGCUUAGGAAUAUGUUUAGAGCCCUUUCCAGAGGCAUGUUUGUAUAUACACCAAUGACUCUUGAAUGAGGAAUAGUGUGAAAGCUGUGGAGGUUUCCUUCAACCUCAGCAAAAUUGUCUAAUGAAAACAAAUUCCCUGCCACUUUGGGCCUUUGAUAACUGUAGAGCAGGCAGGAAUUCACUGGUGAAGUAAAGGGAAGUUCUCUUUCUGCAGUUCUCUUACUGCACAUAACCGUGUGGCAUUGUGGGAAGUCUUGCUAUUAGAACUAUUGCUUCUUUUCUCUUGCAUUCUGGGAAGUCUCGCUUCUGCUUCUGCACAUACUGUUCCAAACACACCAAGCCAAACACACCAAGACAUUCUCUCAUUCUUCAGUUCAUUUCAAGUUCAUGAACAAAACAAUAUGGUCUGUUCUUAAUGCAUAGCUGACCACAUCUACGGAACUUGAUUAUUAUAUUCUUUCAUGUUAUGAUCAAUCAUUAGUAAUUGUUUUAGUCAUGUUAUAUUAAUCUCUAGUUAUAAUUUAAUUAGGAGGAUUCAUGCCUGUCUAGUUCCAGCUCCAUUUCUCAGCCUUUGAUCUAUCAGUGAUAAAUAGUUAUAUGUAAUUCCCGCCUUGUACCUAUGUUAACCAAUCAGCAACAAGUUACUUUGUGUUUGUAUCAACCAAUCAGCCACAAGCACACCUGUGGCAAUGUUUGUAAUAUUCAAUAAAAGAGAGUUCCCGGGGCUCGCCCCGGCAAGACGCCUCUCAUAUGACACCUGCCACUCGUCUGUCAUGAUUUUCAACCCAACAGUGAAGCUUCAGCAGGCAAUAUUUAAUUUCUAUACAACCGUCCAUCCAAAGAUCACAGGGUGAUUUAAAAUAUAAAAAUACAAACCAUAAUAAGGAAUGAAAACAAUAACCCAUACACCAGGGGUCGGCCAACUUUUUCAGCAGGGGGUCGGUCCACUGUCCCUCGGACCUUGUGAGGGGCUGGACUAUAUUUUGGGGGGGAAAUAAUGAACGAAUUCCUAUGCCCCACAAAUAAUCCAGAGAUGCAUUUUAAAUAAAAGGACACAUUCUACUCAUGUAAAAACACAGUGAUUCCUGGACUGUCCAUGGGCCGGAUUGAGAAGGCGAUUGGGCUGGAUCUGGCCCCCAGGCCUUAGUUUGCCUCCCCAUGCCAUACAUGCACAGUUUAAAGGGCCAUAGUUUUUUUAAUUGCCCAAAGGCCUGGGGGAAGAGGAACGUUUUCACUUGGCACCUAAAGAUAUGUAAGGAAGGCACCAGGUGGGCCUCCCUGGGGAGAACAUUCCACAAGUGGGAGCCACCACAGAAAAGGCCUGCUCUCGUGUUGCGGUGCUCUGGACCUCUUGCAGAGGAGGCACAUGUAGAAGGGCCUCAGAUGGUGAUUGCAGGGUCCAGGUUAGUUUAUAUGGGGAGGCAGUAGAAGCUUCAACCGUUCUGCUUUAAAGAGGAAAGUUGAAGAGGGAUGGUUGGUAGGUGUGACUUCUGGGGCAGCAUUCUAACAUGCUACCCUUAUUGAGCACUGCAUGUUUUAAUUUUGAGAAGGAGUCAAGCCCCCGACAAGUUAACCCACUUGCGGAACAAUAGUGCUUGAAAUCCUUUCGAAAGGGAGGAUGCCAUCAAACGGAAGACUUCCCUCCAUAAUGUCGGACACAUUGUCACCUUAGAGAUGGGAGAACAUCUGGUCCUCUCGUUUUCCCACUGGCAGAAGGUUAACCCCGUCGUUCUGCAUUACAGCAUCAAAUAUUUUUUCACGUGAAAGGAAACAUCGAACUGGGAACCUUUCAAAUGCGAAGGCGUGACGUCCGCCUGACCGACACGUUCCUUGAAGAUGUAAAAUAUCUGCCCAGUGCAUACGACAAGGGAGAAUAUUUUAAAUUUUUGGAAAUGCACGGAACUCAUUUUGCACAGAAGGGAACGGUUGGUGGGAAAUAUGAACUAAUGUAUGUACUGGACAACCAAACAAUGAGAAGUGAAGGUAGGAACUGUUUCAUUAAUUUCAGAGGCUAUACUCCAAUCCAAUUCAGGCUGGGUGCUACCCUAUCUGAUAAUAAUACUGAACUAUGGACAAAAAAACCAAACUAGCAAACAUACUUUUACAUAACCAAUAUCUAUGGCAAUAAACUAUCACAAAAGGAACAAUCCAAAACCAAUAAGUGAUUAUUUGGUCUGUUUGUGCAGCCUAAAGCAAAGUCACUGCUUGUAGAGAAACUAGCAAACCAAUCAGCUGGUGUUGCCUUUGAUGUAUUAGCACAGCUGGAAUUUCCAUCACAAGAGCUGUGAUGCGUACUCUUAUAUUAGACUAGUCCUCAAUUGCAAAAUUGUGACUAAUGUAAUAUAAAGACAGGAGACGAGAAAAGCAUAAAAAAUGUGGCAUUAGUCAUUAUGACAGGGACGCGGGUGGCACUGUGGGUUAAACCACAGAGCCUAGGACUUGCCAAUCAGAAGGCUGGCGGUUCAAAUCCCCGUGAUGGGGUGAGCUCCCGUUGCUCUACCCCAGCUCCUGCCAACCUAGCAGUUCGAAAGCACGUCAAAGUGCAAGUUGAUAAAUAGGUACCGCUCCGGCGGGAAGGUAAACGGCGUUUCCGUGUGCUGCUCUGGUUCGCCAGAAGCGGCUUAGUCAUGCUGGCCCCAUGACCUGGAAGCUGUACACCGGCUCCCUCGGCCAAUAAAGUGAGAUGAGCACUGCAACCCCAGAGUCGGCCAUGACUGGACCUAAUGGUCAGGAGUCCCUUUACCUUUACCUUUAGUCAUUAUGACAUGACUGGAUAUCACCCAUAAAUGAAAACUAAAAAGUCUUUGCUGCUUUUUCUUAUGGGUAGAACUUGAUUGCCUUUCUGAAUAUAAUUUCAUGGUUCAGGAAAUUUGUUAAUGAGCCUUUCCCUCCUUCCAUCUUUUAUUGAAUGUCUGUUUUUAACUCUGUUUGCAGGAGUCACCGUCGAAGACGUAAAAGCUUGCCUGGGUUACAAUACAGAUUUUGGUUUAACAGCUGGCACAUUAGAAGUCAAGCCUACCAACAAAGGGAAUGACUGCAAAAGUGACAAGAUUAGAAAUGGUAAAUAUAUAUAUAUAUUUAAAGAUUUAUGUUCAAAAUACACAAAAAGGGGACUAUAUAUUUGGGCACACCCACUUCUGAAAAUUUCAUGUCCAAGCUGGCAUUGGCGAUGGCAAAUGUGCCCCUGUUGCAAAGGUGGCCCUGUGGCAAGGAGGUGCACUUUCAGAACUCAUUUAUCUUUACAUCAUCCAUUCCAAAAGAAAUUUGAAAGAUGAGUAAGUAAAGUGAUGGACUAUGCUGAAUCAGCAAAUUUAACAGCUGAAAUAAGAGAACUUAGCAAUGACUGUUUUAUGGAACAAUGGAAGCCUUUUUUUGGAUUAUUAAAGAAAUAUUAUAAUAUGAUGAAUUCACGAGCAGGAUUUGAACUAUUUAUUGCAUUAUGGUUAUGAUAUAAAAGAGGGAAGAAAGGGCGAAGCAAAGGGGUGGAAUUAAAAAAAAAACACCAUGGAAAAUGGGAUGGGAAGUCAAUAAAGCCUAAUAAAAAUUUUUAAUGUGAAAUUUGUGGAAUUUUAAUCAAAUACUUUUUUUUUAAAAAAAAGACAUUUUAAAAAGGAGAUUGCACAGUAGCACAGAUUUUGAGUGUCCCACAGUACAUAUGUUGUCAUGAAUUUGGCAAAAAGGGGGGGAUUUGUUUGUUGUUCUGGGCCUUUGCAGGUGUUUGUCUGCAUAAGAAAGUCAGAAUGAUGGUGAGACAACAUCCCGAGGGACCUUGGUCCAUCCUUGUCCUGUUUCUUUCCUCUGCAGAGGACAACACCACUAAGAGCGGAAUUAUCCACAAUGUGAUAUCUCUCGUUCAUGGAGGGAAGACUGAAGUUCUGGUUAGGCUGAAGGAAAAGCUGUCGCGAGGUCACAGCGUCGUUGAUGUGGAAGACUAUGUCCAGUGGGCAGCGACGCUCCCUGAUGCUCCCACAGUGAUACAAUACGAAGUAAGAGGGUUUUCUUCCUAAACCGAUGCGCAUAUUGGUACGUGGGAGAGCAGACAUGGCUCAUCCCUGGUGAGGAUGCACAUUGCCCUUCCCUUCUCCUCAGAUCUAUUAUUUUAUGAGCAGGGAGGGGUAAUAAAUGCCAUUCCUCCUCAGCUUGGAUCUGCUGCAGUUGGUGACCAAGUGCCUUGGUUUGUGUGCAAUGUGCUGGGUGCACAUUUAAGAGUGUGUGUGUGGCAACAUCUGCUUUCGACCACAAGCACCACUGGCAUGCACAUCUUCAGACGGUUGGCCGAGAGCGACUAAGGUCCUUAGGCCAAAAUAUCAGUCACCCCUGCUGUAAAUGCUGCCCCCUUGAAAUAAUAAUAAUAAUGAUAAUAAAUUUUGUUUGUAUCCCGCUCUCCCCAGUCAAAGCCAGGCUCAGAGCAGCUAACAUCAUAUAAAUAAGACAAUAUGCAUAAUACAAUAUACAAUAUGCAAAUAAAAUAACAUUCAACAUUCAUUAAAACAAUAUAGAAUAAUAUUAAAUAUCAGCAUUUCAAAAUUAAACAGAAAUCCACUCAACAGUUACAAUAAGUAAUUUCUAAACUUCAAUCAAUAAAACAACAGCAAACCACAGUGCACAACAUAAUACAAUACAAAAUGAGAAGCGGAGACUGGAGGGUGGAGCAAGGCAGGUGGAAGGAGGCCUUGCCUGAUGGAGUCUCUCCCCUCACAGUUCUUCCGCCAGGCACAGCUUCCUUAUGAGGAGACCCAGGGCCAGAGGGUGGGGCAAGGCAGGUAGAAGGUGGAAAUAAUAAUAAUAACAAUAAUAAUAAUAAUAAUAAUUUAUUAUUUGUACCCCACCCAUCUGGCUGGGUUUCCCCAGCCACUCUGGGCGGCUUCCAACAAAGAUUAAAAAUACAUUAAAAUGUAUGACCUUUAUUUAUUGCUGAACCAUGGCAAGUGAAUAGGCAUGUGUUAUGUUUCCAAGGUAAGCACAAUUUUUACCUGCAAAUAAGAGCUGAGGAAUUUUAGGUGCUUUCCGUGCUAAGAUAUUGUGAAGGAAUUGGACUUUGCUGUCCAAGACUCUGUUUUACCUGAGAACACCCUUUCCUCACAUGGUAGAGAACUCAGAGUAGCUAAGAGGAGGCUAUCACAAAUGUCAGGGAAGCUUUGAUCAUGCUUGCCCAAAGAAUACCGCUGCUGUAACAAGUUGGAUUAAGGUAUUUGCAUUUCUUUGCAGCCGUACCCAAUUUCUACUCUCAUACCGGUGACAAUACCCAACUCCACCGUAAAGAGGCAGAAUCUCGACCGAGCUGUGGAGGACUACGUUGCUGAAUAUAGUGUUUGCAAAUGCCAGCCCUGUCAAAAUGGUGGCACUGUCAUGCUGUUGAACGGAAGGUGUGAAUGCGGAUGCACCCCUUACUUCAAGGGAGAAGCCUGCCAGAUACCCUCAGCGUUUUUUUCACCAGGUCAGCAAUAGAUCAAGAAUUGAGGGUUCAUUUCCAUAUUCUAUUCAGGACAAGUGAGCUGCGAAGAUAAAGCCAUUAUCCCACCUAACCCUGCACUAGGGCUCUGCUCAUACAAACAGUGAUGGAAUUGUUCCUGGACGAUGCCACUGAAGAUGUGGGGUAGUGGAAUUGCAUAGUUUACUACACCUGCAAAAAACCCCUUUGCAUAGAAAAGCAGGUGUUAUGAAGAAUAUAGUUUUCACCAAGAUAUUCUCUGGGCCUUCACAUCUCUAAACCUGGAACCAAGAAACUCUACCAAACUGGUGGAAAGCAGCAGGGUUAGGACACAAGGCUUAGGGCCCUCGUAUUUACGGGACCACCUCUCCUGGUAUGCCCCACAAAGGACCUUAAGGUCCAUGAAUAACCAUAGUUUAGAGGUCCCGGGCCCUAAGGAAGUCAGACUAUCCUCCGACCUGUCCCAUCCUCUGUCCCAUGAGACUAGGGCCCUUCAGGAUUUAACCUUCUUCCAUCGGGCCUGAUCUUUUAUUUCCUUCUCUUCCCUCCCCCUCCGCUUUUAUGAAGAUUAGCCGCUCUGAGACCCCACAGGUAAUUCUCCCCUGGCCUCCUCGCUGGCCCAAGUAGGACCAAUUCAGCCAGCUAGCCCUGGGGAUUAUCUAAUGCGUAUUUAUUUAUUUCCCCUAAAUUGAUUUCUGAAUUUUAUUGUUAUUCAUGGUUUUAAACUAUUUUAUUCUGCUUUUACAAUUAAGUGUUUUAAAUUUGUUGUUAGCUGCCCUGAGCCCGGUUUUUGAACCGGGAAGGGCAGGGUAUGAAUAAAAUAUUAUUAUUAUUAUAGCAGAGAAGUUGGGGUUCCAGAGGCAUUGGCUAUUGUGUCAGGUAGAAAAGCGCCCUGGGGGAGGAGUUGUGAGGGAAAGGAACAAGUGGUGGGAAGGGUUAAGCAUUCCUCUCCUGCCCAGAUCUUCACUUAAAACGACAACCUUUGUAGCUGUUCUGUGGAAGCAGAGAUCCCUUAUCCACCUAAGAAACACCCCUAUCCCAAAUUGCACCCUGGAUGACCAUUUGGGCUUACAGACACGAAGGCAGUUACUUCAAUAUCGAAGUAACUGCAGUGCAAGUUUGUUUGUUUUUUGUUUUGAUGUUAAGACUCAAAAUAUUUUCCACUCCAAUCUUUAAUUCAGUCGCAACUGGCACCGAUGGUGGCUGGAGCUGCUGGUCUACCUGGUCGGCUUGUGUGCAAGGAGAACGCACUCGGAGAAGGCAGUGUAAUAAUCCUGAGGCUCAUGGGGGCAAGGACUGCGCAGGAGCUGACUCGGAAUUGGGCUACUGUGCUGCUGACAUUAAAUAAUGGUGUAGAAGACGCAAAGCAGGUUUGUAGUUACUCAGUGGGUGUAAUAAAUAGAAGUCCAACUUGGGUGGGGCAGGAAAAUCCCCCAGAUCAGUACGCAAGAGGAGAGGUAAGAUUGUUCCACUGGGCAAGCACAAUGGUGCAUUUUUAUUGUGGUUAUUACAGGGUGACCGCAAAUUACAUUCUAGGUCAUUAGUGGGGUACCUUGAGCCCAUAGGCCUCUCUCAUGAAGCCAGAGGCAGACUUGGGUCUUUCACAUUUCAGCAGAGUUCCAUGCAAGGCCAAGCUCUGCACCCAGUGUGGAGAAACUGGUAAAAGGUAAAGGGACCCCGACCAUUAGGUCCAGUCGUGACCGACUCUGGGGUUGUGGUGCUCAUCUCGCUUUAUUGGCCAAGGGAGCCGGCGUACAGCUUCCAGGUCAUGUGGCCAGCAUGACUAAGCCGCUUCUGGCGAACCAGAGCAGCGCACAGAAACACUGUUUACCUUCCCGCCAGAGCGGUACCCAUUUAUCUACUUGCACUUUGACGUGCUUUCGAACUGCUAGGUUGGCAGGAGCUCACCCCGUCGCGGGGAUUCGAACCGCUGACCUUCUUAUCAGCAAGUCCUAGGCUCUGUGGUUUAACCCACAGCGCCACGUCCCUGCGGAGAAACUGGUACCACUGCCCUAAACCUGCCUCUAGCGAAACCUCCCAGGCCUUCCCAUUUGGCUCUGAAAGCCAUUUCAGCCAAGCCACUUGCCCCUUACCUGAUAUCAUACAAUGUAGGCUUUUAAAAAUAAAAUACCACAUGCAGGAGAGAGGGAUGGCAGCCAACAGCAUCCCCUGGUGGAGCCAUCCACUCUGCACAUGAAGAGCCCUUACAAGUUUUGCCCACUGACUACAUAGGUUGCAUCGAAACCGUACAUUUAAAGCACAUUCAAAACACAUGGUUUCCCAAAAAUUCUGGAAACUGUAGAUUUCCCUUUGUGGAGCCGUAAUUCCCAGCACCCAUACCAAGCUACAGUUCCCGGGGUUCUUUGGGGAAAGCCAGGUGUUUUAAACGUGCACUGAAGGUGUUUUAAAUGUGUGGAGUGGAUGUGACCUUUGCAGCAACUUACAUGUACAGAAUUUUGACUAUGGUGUCAAUCUCAAGUUAUCUGGAAGCCGCCAGCCUGCUUUGGCAUUGCAAACUCUGCGCAUUAUAUUGGCCGCUCCUGCACUGAAGAUUCUCCGGUUAGUUGAUCUAGCUGACUGUGUGUCUUUUCACAGGUGUUUGAUAGGAACACGACACAACUGGAAUGACCCUUGGAUCUCCACAGCAAAGUUCAAGCUGCCAAAGAGAUUUGAAAGAUAAGCCAGGAAAUCUUGGAACCUGGUGUUAAUUUGUUUUCCUUUCCUUUCUUUCUUUUUUUUUAAAGAGUUGAAAAUAAAUUUCAGCUGAUGACUGGCUCAGCACAAUACAUUUGUAUUAUUUAUUGCUGACACUUUUGUAUUAAAUUUGUGUGCCACCCUUUCUCCAAGUUGCUCAGUGCAGGGCUUGAUAGAUUUGUAAAAUCAUUUAUAUUCUGCUUUUUGGGCCCCAAAGGACCCCUCAAACAGCUCACAUCCAAGCACAAAAGUAAUGAAACAGAAACCAAUGAAAAUACAAUAAAACUGAGAACAAAAUAAAACAGCGAAGCAUAAUUACCAAGGAGCGACAAUGGAUUUAAUUGUUAUUAUUAUUAUUCUUUUUUGCUGACUAAAUACUAGGUGGAAGUUUGAACAGCUCGUUUAAAAGGAGGGAAGCCUGACAAACCUCUUUAGUAGGGGUAGGGAAGCUUUUCCAGAUUGAGAGCCACAUUCCUUUCCUGGACACCUUUUGAGGGCCACAUACUAGUGGUGAGAGUGUCAGAAGCAAAAACGAGUGCAGCAAUAAAUGCCAGUUUUACCUUUUUAGUGCUCUCUCACACAGCCCUUUCUAUCCUCCAUCAGCCCAAGCAAGAGACAUUACCAGAGUGCAAGGACACAUUCCAGCAAGGCAAAAAUGUUGGGGUACAAAGCAGGGUGUGGCCUAAGGAGAGUUCCAUGGGCAGGACUGAGCAUUCUGGAGGGGCUACAUUGCAUUCCCGGUCCUGAAGUUCCCCACUCCUGCUCUGUAGAGAGGGAGUCCUAUAACUUGAGUGCUGCAGUAGAGAAGUCCUACCUCAUGUGCCAACCAAGUGUGCCAGCAAGAGAAGUGUUUUCUUCCUCAAACUUCUGCAAACUUUGGGGUUCUUUCAACCCUCCUGUUGCCUCCCUCUCUUGUGUGAGCAGUGCCUUUUUUGCCGUAUAAGGACAGGCACUCAAAGAACAAACUUGCUAUUGGUAUAUAAGAUGCUAUCUAGUUGGGCCUUUGAAAUAGUUCGUUGUUGGGAGGAAGAGGAAAUAAGAAUCUACGAACAGGGAAAGAACCUCUCAGCCUGCCUGAGAAAUUGCAAUGGAGAAUGUUUGGGAGAGAAGUUUUAGGUCAGGGAGGAAUGGAGAACCUGUGGCUCUUCCUAUGUUGAUGGACUACAACUCCCAUCAUCCUUGACUGCAGGUGAUGGGAGCUGGAGUCCAGCAACCUCUUGAAGGGCAACAGCUUAACUAUCCCUGCUUUAACAUAGCAAAAGCCAACUUUCAACUGCUUCGUUUUUAUCCAACUUCUGUGCUUUUUCCCAUCACUAAGUUUAGGCAGGCAUUUUGCCAGCAUGGAAGAUGUUUUCUGCCCACUUCCUGGUGCCAUACAGACGGCAGCUCAUUAAAACACCAUUCCCACCAAUGAAGUUCCUGAAAAAUCCCACUGAAAUUUGCAAAGUUAUUUAACAGUAAUGGGUUUGUGAUUUGUUCAACUGAGCUGAACAAUGCUGACAUUGGGCAAACUGGGGAGGGGGAAGCAGGGUGGGGAAGCAACCCAUUCUGUAAGAGAACUGUAACAUCAUCUACAUCAAACGGUGGACAUGAGUCACACUCAGUGACAUGCUUGUUGAAUGUCUUUCUUAUUUUAUUUGGCUUUUGUUUCCUUAAAAAAGCCAUAGUGACCAGAAUUACUGUCCAGCUGGAAUUAAAAAUCUGGCAUCUUCUUUCUCUUAACAAAGUAGCACUUUGUUUUUCAAAUACACUUGUGAGGGUGUGGGUCUCUUAGGACGAGUCAGUGUGUUGAAUGACUUAGAAUUUAAAUUAAAAGUUGGCAGCCUA